GUGGGAGUCCAUUGCUGUAGAAAUCUUGAAACAGGGCCCAGCCAGUACAUGCUCUUCCCUCUGUCUGCUGCAGGGCUGUCUAUCCUCCGUCGGCUCCAGGACAGGACAGGCUUUGGUGGUUGUGGAAUGUCUCCUACCCCCACCGCCCUCUUGGGCCUCGUGCUCUGCCUGGGACCAGCAAUCCAAGCACAAAAUGGGCACCUGCCCAAACCCUCCAUCUCAGUCAAGCCAGGCUGUGUGAUCCCCUGGGGGACAUCUGUGACCUUCGUGUGCCAGAGCCCUCGUAAGGCUGAGUCAUUCCGACUGGAGAAUGUUGGAACGAACCAAUACCUGGAUGUGAAGAGCUCUCCUGGGACUGAGACAGAGGCCAGAUUCCCCAUUGACUCAGUGAAGAUAGACACUGCAGGGCAUUAUAGCUGCCUGUAUUCUACAGGGAAUCACUUUUCUGAGCGCAGUGAGAUCCUGGAGCUGGUGGUGACAGGAUUCCCUGGAUCUUUCAGCUCCUCACCCACCACACCCCACUCCUCACUUGUCGAGUACCAGAGGCCUCAACCUGGAGACACAACUGGUUCUCAGAUCCUGCCACCAGAGCUGCGUUACAUUCUUAUUGGAAUCUCUGCGGUCUUUCUCCUUUGUCUCCUCCUUCUGGCCCUCUUCUUCCUCCAUCAUCAGCGUCAGAGAAAACAUGGGAUCCCCAGAAGCAAGGGCGAGGAGCAAAAUCCACAGGAGAGGUUCGGGCCAGGUGUUGAUGUCCUAAAGAGCACACCAGAUAUGGCCACAGUGAAUGGACUUCCUGAGAAUGACAGAAAGAUGGACACCUCAGCCCCUACUGCAGGAAACCCCCAGGAGGUGACAUACGCUCAGCUGGACCACUGGGCCCUCACUCAGGGGGCAGCCCCAGCAGUGUCCCCACAGUUCACAGAGCCCAUGGCCAAGUCCAGCAUGUAUGCAUCCCUCACCAAGCGCUGACUACAGGGCCCACGUGGCUGCUGCACCUGAGGACACAGGACAUCACUCUGGGAAGGGCUUGGAGUAGACACGUGGAGGGCUUCCCCAUGCAAUCAUCUCUUCUCUGAAGAGUCAGCCAGUCAGCUCCCCAGGAGAUAAGAGCUGGGAUCUGGAGGUCCCUGACUAAUACCUAAGAGAUUCGGUAACCAGGCAAUCUCUUCCACAAUUAACCAGCUUCUUAGAGAUACUGUAUUGCAGCUGUUUCCAGACAUCCCCCUACAGUCACUCCAUUGUUUCUAGAGGCCCAGCCACAGCUGCCCAGCUCUUUCCGGAGAUCCAGCUACAACUACUCAGCUGUUUCCAGAGACCCUGCUAUAGUCACUCAGCUUUUUCCAGAGACCUGGCUACAGUUACCCAGCUGUUUCCAGAGAUCCAGCUAUAGUUGCCCAGCUGUUUCCAGAGAUCCCACUAUACUUGCCCAGCUGAUUCCACAGACCUAGCCACAGUCGCCAAGCUGAUCUCAUAAACCAUGUUGCAGUCACCCAGCUGCUUCUAGGUGCCCCUCUCCUGUGAAUUCCCAAAUACCACCAGAGACUCCAUUUUAAUUAUUUACUCACUGACUCUAUGGAUCUUCCUAGAGCUCAGUUGCUGGCCUUGAGACUGUAUUAUUCUUAUGCAGCUGAUAACUGAGACCCAGUUUUUGGAUCACGCUUUACUUCGCUCACCAAUAAAUAUUUCAGAGGCCUAACCUAUGGCAGCCCUGCA